CUAACCGGCUGGAUGCAUCAUGCAUAUUGCAUGUCUGAGUUUUAUGCCCAGCUACCGUUCACCUUCUCCUAAUCCUGCAAACGAGGUUUACCGGUUGAGCCGGUUAAGCUCUUGAACCCCACAUUUCUCUUCAAACUGAGCUUAUUUCUUCCAUUUUUUCCUUCUUUCAUGGAUCCUUGAAAGAGGGAAAGUUUUUGCUCUAAGCCACUUUCAUAAAUAGGAAUUUGUAUCUGUUCCUUCGAAGGUUGUAGAACAUUUGAAGCAAAAUUAUAUUAUACAUUCAGAAAUGUAUACGCUGAAUGUGGAUGUGAAUCACAAUAAAAAUAUGAAAACUGAGGACAUACUCUGUCCCUUGGCUGAAUAUGAAGAAUGUGAUUUUUCAAAGUUGUUAGAGAAGCCAAGGCUUCUGAACAUAGACAGGCAGAGAUCACUUGAUGAAAGGUCGCUCAGUGAAUUAUCUAUUGGGCUAUCUCCACGCCAUUCUAAUAGAGCUACUGAACUUAAUUCAUCCCGUGUUUUUGAGCCACUAGAUUUUAUUUGUUCGCCCGUGGGUAGAAGGUCAGGUUUUAACACACCAAGGUCACAUACUGGUUUUGACCCGCAUCCAAUGGUUGCCGAAGCAUGGGAAGCCUUAAGAAGGUCAUUGGUGUAUUUUCGUGGUCAACCGGUUGGGACUAUUGCAGCAUUGGAUAAUUCUGAAGAAAAUCUAAACUACGAUCAGGUCUUUGUGAGAGACUUUGUCCCUAGCGGAUUGGCUUUCUUGAUGAAUGGGGAACCAGAAAUAGUAAAGAACUUCAUUUUGAAGACCCUUCGCCUUCAAUCAUGGGAGAAAAAGAUCGAUCGAUUUCAGUUAGGAGAAGGAGUAAUGCCAGCUAGUUUCAAAGUGCUCCAUGACCCUGUUAGGAACAAUGAGACAUUAAUUGCUGAUUUUGGUGAGAGUGCAAUAGGAAGAGUUGCUCCUGUUGAUUCUGGAUUUUGGUGGAUUAUUUUGCUUCGAGCAUACACAAAGUCUACCGGAGACACUUCGUUGGCUGAGUUGCCUGAAUGCCAGAAGGGCAUGCGCCUAAUUCUGAGUUUAUGUCUCUCGGAGGGGUUUGACACAUUUCCAACGCUUCUCUGUGCUGAUGGUUGCUGCAUGAUUGAUCGUAGAAUGGGUGUAUAUGGCUAUCCCAUUGAAAUCCAAGCUCUUUUCUUUAUGGCCUUAAGAUGUGCUUUGCUUCUACUCAAGCAAGAUGAUGAAGGAAAGGAGUUCAUUGAACGAAUAGUUAAACGCCUGCAUGCCUUAAGCUAUCACAUGAGAAGUUAUUUUUGGCUCGACUUGAAGCAGCUCAAUGACAUAUAUCGUUUUAAGACAGAAGAGUACUCCCAUACUGCAGUUAACAAGUUUAAUGUAAUGCCUGACUCUCUUCCAGAAUGGAUUUUUGAUUUUAUGCCAGUUCAUGGUGGCUACUUUAUCGGUAAUGUUAGCCCUGCAAGAAUGGAUUUCCGUUGGUUCUGCUUGGGCAAUUGCAUCGCAAUUCUGUCAUCGUUGGCUACUCCUGAACAAUCCACUGCAAUUAUGGAUCUUAUAGAGUCACGCUGGGAAGAGUUGGUUGGAGAAAUGCCAUUAAAGGUUUGUUAUCCAGCCAUGGAAACUCACGAAUGGCGGAUUAUUACAGGAUGCGACCCCAAAAACACACGAUGGAGUUACCACAAUGGGGGAUCAUGGCCAGUGCUUUUAUGGCUAUUGACAGCUGCAUGUGUGAAGACUGGACGCCCCCAAAUUGCAAGACGUGCCCUUGAAAUAGCUGAAACGAGGUUGCUGAAGGACCACUGGCCUGAAUAUUAUGAUGGAAAGCUAGGUCGAUACAUUGGUAAGCAAGCGCGUAAAGCCCAAACCUGGUCCAUUGCUGGUUAUUUGGUGGCAAAGAUGAUGCUGGAAGACCCAUCUCACUUAGGUAUGGUAGCAAUUGAGGAAGACAAACAAAUGAAGCCGCUCUUGAGAAGAUCAAAUUCAUGGACUCUAUGAUGUUUAGAUUAGUUUCCUUCUUUUACUAUCCAAGCACCCACCCAUUCUAAUUUCUAGCUUUGACCUGUUCAAGUGGAGGGAAAAGGUGGAAAUAGAAUGAAUAACUUUUUUUUUUUGUUCAUUGUAGAAUGUAUUAUGUUUCUGUUUAUUUGGACAUAACUUCCAUUCCAUGUCUAUUAUUUCAAUGUUUCUCCCUUUUUGUUUAAUUUUGGUAUUUUUCAUGAGAUAUUGAAGAUGUCUAACAUGGAAAAGGAAAACAAACUCUAAUUCUAAUUAGAACUCAACUUUCAGGCACAAAAGAGUGAUUGUGUCGCGCUGGGGACUGGGGCCAAUCUCUUGUCUUCACUCUUUGAU